UCAAGGCUGUUUUUGUAUCUGCUUCAGAGCGGAGUGAACCGCUAAAUUACGUUAAUGACUAGUGGUGGGUGUAAUUUCCUCUAAAACUAAGUUUUAAUUCCACGAUUCGUAAAGGAAAACUGACUUGCCCAGUGACGCGACGUAUUAGAUGGGAUUUGUAGAGUAAAAUGGUAAUCUCUUACGCUUUUUGAAGGGAACUCCUGUCUACUCUCCCUUCGACUGGGACGAGCGCAUUAGAUCGAGAGGAGCCUGCUGUACCGAGGAAAAAGCCUCAUGUUUUCGCCAAGUCAAGAGGAGCACUGCGCCCUGACCAAAGACCCAGUGAAAUACGGAGAGCUGGUAGUCUUAGGGUACAAUGGCUCCCUGCCCAACGGGGACCGCGGUCGAAGGAAAAGCAGGUUUGCUCUCUACAGAAGGACGAAGGCCAACGGUGUCAAACCCAGCACAGUCCACAUCCUGACCACUCCCCAGGCCAGCAAGGCGGUGCACUGUAAAGGCCAGCACAGUAUCUCCUACACCCUGUCCAGGAACCACACUGUGGUGGUGGAGUACUGCCAUGACAAAGACACCGACAUGUUUCAGAUCGGCCGCUCCACGGAGAGCCCUAUAGACUUUGUGGUGACGGACACGGUGUCGGGGACCCAGGAGGGAGAGGACACGCCCGUCACCCAGAGCACCAUCUCCCGCUUCGCCUGCAGGGUGGUCUGCGAGCGCACACCCCCCUUCACCGCCCGCAUCUACGCUGCCGGCUUCGACUCCUCCAAGAACAUCUUCCUGGGGGAGAAAGCUGCCAAGUGGAAGAACCCAGAUGGUCACAUGGACGGCCUGACGACCAAUGGGGUGCUGGUGAUGCACCCGAGGGGCGGGUUCACGGAGGAGUCGAAGCCAGGAGUGUGGAGGGAGAUCUCUGUGUGUGGAGACGUUUACACCCUGAGAGAGACGCGCUCGGCCCAGACCAGAGGGAGACUGGUGGAGACAGAGAGCAACGUACUGCUGGACGGCUCCCUGGUGGACCUGUGCGGAGCCACCCUGCUGUGGCGCACGGCCGACGGCCUCUUCCACACCCCCACCCAGAAGCACCUGGAGGCCCUGCGGCAGGAGAUCAACGCGGGGCGUCCGCAGUGCCCCGUGGGCCUCAACACCCUGGCCUUCCCCAGCCUGCAGCGCAGCCGUGCCCUGCCCUCCCUGGAGGACAAGCAGCCCUGGGUGUACCUGGCGUGCGGCCACGUGCACGGCUACCACGACUGGGGCCACCGGUCGGAGCAGGAGCCCAACGCCCAGCGGGAGUGCCCCAUGUGCCGGACGGUGGGGCCGUACGUGGCCCUGUGGCUGGGCUGCGAGCCGGCCUUCUACGUGGACACGGGGGCUCCUACUCAUGCCUUCGUGCCCUGUGGACACGUGUGCUCGGAGAAGUCGGCCAAGUACUGGGCGGAGAUCCCGCUGCCCCACGGCACGCACGCCUUCCACGCCGCCUGCCCCUUCUGCGCCACCCAGCUCAGCCUCACCCAGGGCUGUGCCAAGCUCAUCUUCCAGGGACCCAUCGACUGAUCCGCGGGGGGUCUGUCCCUGGCCCCCGAGUGGGGGGCAGGGAGGGCAGGAGCGCCAACAUGCUGUGAAACUGUUCCCGUUUCCUUUUUGUUUUUUUCUGUUUUUUUUUUUUUAUCACGUGACUGUGGUGGGGAUCCAGGCCUCCCCAGGCAAGCUGGACUGGGGUGUGCACAGCCUCUGUGUGGGCCAAGGCUCCGUGCAGCUUAACCCAGAGGCAGCGGUCCAUAACACUGUGUUUGACUUGGACUUCUUCUGGGUCUUUGGAGGGCCGCGGGGACAAACACAACACACAGAUGUGGAACACACUUGACUUGAGGCUGGACAACCAAACCCUCUCAACUGAACUGUCACACAGCCAUUAGUUUUUCGUUUUCAACAGAGCUGAAACCUCUUUUUCUUUUUUGCUGAUGAUGCUGCUCAUUUCAAGUACAAGGGCUAUGAAAUAAGGGGUGAGAGAGAGUUGUUUGGACUACCCGUCAUGAACCAUCACGUCAGUCCCGUCUUCUUCCAGUGGACAGGGCCGGUCUGGGAUUCUUCCAGUGGACAGGGCCGGUCUGGGAUUCUUCCAGUGGACAGGGCCGGUCUGGGAUUCUUCCAGUGGACAGGGCCGGUCUGGGAUUCUUCCAGUGGACAGGGCCGGUCUGGGAUUCUUCCAGUGGACAGGGCCGGUCUGGGAUUCUUCCAGUGGACAGGGCCGGUCUGGGAUUCUUCCAGUGGACAGGGCCGGUCUGGGAUUCGCCACGCUGGUUCCUGCUGGCUUUGAGAUGAAAGAUUCCUGCAGUGCCCGACAGCUGGCCUGUUGGCUGUGAGAAGGUCAGAGCUAGCCUGCGACGCUCAUCUGGUGGAACAGGCUGCAAGGCCCUAAAGAACAUGGAACCUGGGCACUGACCUGUCUGUUAGCUUGGAGAACUGACCUGAGACUAAAGUCAACACAAAACUUUCUCUGUGUGUACAUAGAUGUAUCCCAGUGCCUAGGAAGCCCAGUGAAUCCUGGGAAUAUUUUUUUGCUAGACUAUUAAAAAAAAAAGCAAUUUGGUGAAGGCGUAGGGUUCGAAUUUUAAAUACAAUGUAAGUAUAAAGAUAUGAAAGCCGAUAUGGGGGUCCCUUUCCACAUUUUUAUCUUUUUAAGAAGUAUUUUACUACACUGAGGCCCGUGUACAGUUUUCUAAUGAAAAUGUUAAUAUAUUUUUCUCUUGUUUAACUAUUGUGUGCAGUAGGUUGAACUGUGCAGGUUUGUUUAAUGUGUCAACACUCUGUAGAGCUCAAUCAGGGCUCCCCCCUCUCCAGUCAAGAAACAAGAGGCUAAGUCAAUCAACAUAGUGAACCAUGAUGGCAAUGAAUGUAUUCCAAUACAUGGAUUCUCCUCACCAACUGUGCUUUAUCCUGAAUUGUAGCUAUUCCUUCAGUGAGAACAGCUCGAUCUGUUUCUAAUCAACGUGCUGCAAAACCGCACAGGCGUCUCAUGACGUCAACAAGGCCUUGUUCAGCAGUUAAGAGAGAGAGUACCUGUUUUAGGAGCGUUCUCUGGGGGCAAAUCCAUCCACACCUGUGAGCUGGUUUUGGUCUCGCCCCGCACUCGAAUUUACUGCGUUCGAUCUGCACUGUUCCAUUCUUAGCUUUAUCUCGUGCUGGGUGCGAUCCAGUGAUUUGUACACUGCAUAGCCUCGCGCAGUCACAGGCAGCAGCAUUACAGGAUUAUACCAAAUAAUAUGAGGCUGGACUGUUUCCUCUCCAGACGCCUCCUUCAACCCAAAGUGUUGCUGUAAACGAACUUGGAACCAAAACUCUGAGAACAGUCUGGUCUUUCCCUCGCUGGCACUGUGCGGCUCACCAGGCGCCGAGGAUCAGAAUAUUAUCUUGCACAAUGCCAAUCUUUUUUUUUUUUUUUUAUCCAAUUGUGGAAAUUGAUUAAGUGGUCCAAAUAAGCUUAUGAAUGAGAACAGACAUUUAAGUUAGUGAAAAGUACAAAGUAAGUACAAAAACUGAAGAUUCGGACAAAUACGUGCUUAACGCUGGCUUGCUCGACCGUGCCCGUAUGUAGACUAAAGUACCAACUGUCGCUAUUCCUAAAUAGUAUAGUGAGCAAGGAGGUUGACGGCGGAGUUAUUAUAGCCACCAAAUGUAAGAGUUAGCCUACAUUAUCAAUCAAUAGCUGUGAAAAUACAUUUUAGAGCUAUACUUUUCAACAACGUUGAAGCCAAAUGAUUUAGACAUUACGUGGGUCUCCGUUGUGCAAACGGGCUCGCUUCCCCGUGACACACGUACUGCAUGGCUGACUGCUGAGACGCCGUUGGGCUCGCUGCCUCAGCGGGGUGAAGCCAUGUUAAACGGCCCGGCAGAGAGAGGGCAAGAGAGGCUUGGUUUUUGUGAUUUCUCUGCGGAGCAGGGUGACAGACGUGUCCUGCUGUAGCAUUCCUUUCAACACUUUAGCUGUACGCGUUACUCUAGUACCUACACAGUUCCCUUCACGGUCCCUUUUACGUGCUCUGUAGCCUACCAACAACAAAAAGCAGCCGCCGUAAACAUUCCCCGUAGAAGACUUGGGUGUGGUCCGUGAUGACCUCCGGCGCCGGGACUGUCUCUGACUUUGUAACUCUGAAUACAGGCCUUGACACGCACUGAUGCCCCCAAAGCCUACUUGCAAAAUAAACAGAAGAAAAAAAAACA